CGCCACAAUACAGUACACCAACAAACCCGGCCUAGAGCGAGAGAGCCCCGCAACCCACCCUCUCACUUCCCAUCAACAAAAAAAAAAAAAGCCCAGAGGAUAGACUACGAUAAUAAUAUGAUACAGAAGAAACCCCAUGACCAUAGUUGGCCCGAGUGGGGGGUCCCGCAGAACGUUUUACCCACCUAACAUUCCAUAUCCCAUGAUAAUAUGACACAAGCAGCGGAAACGCUUCAUACUGUACUGUACUAGUUACUCGAGUACCAAGAGCCCCAUUGCAAGUACGGUAUCAUGCUUGCAAUAAUAAUUACUCGUACGUUCAGCCCCAGCACCCGACUCGGGCCUGUGAUGUGUUGGUAGACCGCCGGCAGAAAAAUCAAUCGAUUACCGUGCAGUGCCAGACUAUACCCCCCUCCCCAACAGAAUCACAAUGGUAAGAGCUCGAAUAGAGUACAGCGGCACCGUGAACUCCAGGCAAACCCGACCCGCGGCUAUCUUCUGAGGGCAGCCACUAGCUCUCCUAAGGCCUAAUCCUGUGGCAAUACGCUUUUCGGGGGGAUAGGAACCGCCAUGGGGGAGAGAGAAUACGGGUACUUGAGUACCGGUAUGGUAGCAGCGGAGUCGAGCUUGCCCAGAAUUUACAGUAGGGCGUUGGCAUUCCCCUCCUCGGCUGCGCUAGGCAAACUCCAACCUACCGAAACAACCGCACCGUAUCAUACCGGUACAGUACAAGUACGAGUGCUCGAGUGCGAGCAGACAAAAGGAAUAUGCACACAGUUACAAUACCAUGCACAGCGCCUUACUAGGAGAGGCAACUACAACGUCCUCGCACAUUUAUCCUCCAUUCGAGCUUCCACGUUACAGCACCGGUAUGCAAACCGCAGAUAUCCGCCCUUCGUCGAGCAAAGUCUCGAUGAGACAAAGACAGAAUAG